AUGAGCCGCACCGUGAGGGGCGUGAUCCUUGCGGGUGGCGAGACCAAAAACCCGCUGACCAAGUACCGGGCGAUGCCGGCGGUCCCACUGGGCAGCUCCCUGCUCAUGGUGGACGUGCCAGUCAACAACUGCCUGCAGGCGGGCAUCAACAAAAUCUACGUGCUGACUCAGUUCCAGAGCCACACUCUGAACAGCCACAUCGCGGCCUCCUACCCGCCCAUGAAGCUGGGCGCGCCCGACCAGCAGGCGUGGGUGGAUGUGCUGGCGGCGCAGCAGACGGUGACGGAGCGCGAGUGGUACCAGGGGUCCGCUGAUGCGGUACGCAAGAACCUGGGGGAGCUCAAGGAUGAGGCGAGGGGCAUCACUCCCGCUCGCGAUUAUGUCAUCCUGUCCGGAUCGGCCGUCUACAAGAUGGACUUCCAGAAGCUGGUGGCAUUCCACCGCGAGAAGAAUGCGGACGUGACCAUCGCCAUGCACACCUGCGGGGAGGCCGACGCCCGCACCAAGGGCAUCGCCCAAGUCCACCCCUCCUCCGGCAAGGUGAUGAAGUUUCUGGAGAAGCCGACGGCAGAUGACCUGGGCAGCCUGCGGCGCGAGGACGCCGCCGCCGCGCCCGGCGCAGAGUUCCUGGCUAGCAUGGGCAUCUAUGUGUUCAAGCGGGAGGCGCUGUUCAGGCAGGCUGGGGUGCUGAUCGACCGCCCUCAGCUGGUGCACAUCGGUCACCACGUCAUCCCCAACGCCCUGGCCCAAGAGAUGAAGGUGUAUGCGUACCAGCAUGACGGGUACUGGCACGAUGUCUCCAGCCUCAAGGACUUUUUCGAGACCAACCUGGACCUGGCUGACCCGGAUGCGCUGAUGGGCACGAUUGACGACAUGACGGGGCGGCGCGGCGCCAGCCUGCCGCCGGCCAUGAUGCAGGAUGUGGAGCUGGAUCGCGUGAUCGUGGGAGAUGGGUCGGUGCUGGUGGGCUGCAAGAUCAGCAACAGCGUGUUGGGAGAGAGCACGUAUGUGGGACGGGGCACCAUCGUGGAGAAUGCUCUCAUCCUGGGCAACGGAGCCUGGAUGAGCGACCUCGACCGCAAGCAGGCGCUGGAGCGCGGCGACCGCGUGUACGGCGUGGGCGAUAACUGCUUCCUGAGGCGUUGCGUGGUGGACGAGAACGCCACCAUCGGCAACAACGUGCAGAUCAUCAACAAGAGCGGCGUGGCGGAGGCAGACCGCAGCGAGAGCGGCUUCAUGGUGCAGGACGGGAUCGUGGUGGUGAUGCGCAACGCCGUGCUGCCGGACGGCAUCGUGAUCUGA